AUGAUGGAAGAUCUCGGUGGUUGUGGGGCCCACGACGACAUCUUAGCAAUGGCAGCACAAGGCCUUGCGGGCCAAGACACCUUCUUCUGGGACGACUCAUGUUCCUUCCCGAUUCUUGCCGACAACAAAGGAAAGGAUGAGGUGGCGGAGAGAGAAUCUCUAGCGGCCAACCCGAAAAAGAGGAAAGCCGGCGGUGAUGAAAAGAAAAGUGAGCAUGAUCAGCAACAACAUAUAUGGAUAGAAAGAGAGAGGAGGAAGAAGAUGAGGGACAUGUUUGCAAAUCUUCAUGCUUUGAUGCCCCACCUCCCUCCAAGGGCAGACAAAGCCACCAUAGUGGAUGAAGCAGUUGUAUUCAUCCAAAAGCUACAGCAAACUCUUGGAGCCCUACAGACCCAAAAGGCUCAAAGGUUGUAUGGGAAUGCUAAAGUCUCGGCCCAAACAAGAGAAGCUUUUAUAGCCGAGCAGGUAUCCACAAGCCGUGGGCCCACAACUUCAUCGAACCCAAGCCCGUUAAUUGCUGGUGGGCCUAUCUAUUUCAAGACGUGGACUUCCCCAAAUGUCAUCCUUAGCGCGUGUGGAAAGGACGCACAAAUCAACAUAUGCUGCCCGACAAAACCGUGCCUGCUGGCCGUCAUUUGCUUCGUUUUGGAUAAGUACAAAAUUGAGGUUCUUUCCGGUCAAGUCUCGUCUGGAGUCAAUCGAAGCAUGUUCAUGCUUCAAGUCCGGGCAACUGGACCAUUAGUGCAGUUAUCAGGAUCAUCACUUGUAGUUGAAGAAAUAUUCAAGCAAGCUGCUGCAGAGUUAAUGGUGUGGGUUCAGCCUCAAGACGGACAUGUUUAA